AUGUGGGGGAUCAUGGAGACGGUGGUUGUGAUGGUGCUGGCUGUGCAGGCCGUGCUGGGAGCGGGGCGCUGGUGUGAACACGAGGUGGAGGAGCAGGUGGAGCGCGUCCUCUCUCCACGCCUGCAGCUCGAGGCCAGCUGCUCUGCCGUGUAUCAGUACAACGUCCAGGGCUGGAGGCUGGACGUGGACCGGAUGCGUGUCCGGCAUGGGGGCGACGACGGCAUCGCACUGUAUUACAAACAACAGGGGCCAAAGGCAACCUGUCUCUUGUACAAACCCCCGGAGAUGGAGAGGGAGAUGGUGAACAGGACGGUGAGAGCGUGUUGUGAGGGCUGGGCUGGACCUCGCUGCUCUCAGGGUGUGGGUUUGGGCUUUCGUGGUCAAUGCUACUCCACAUGGAGCUGUGAGGAAUUUCCUGGAGUUCACAAUUCCUCCCUGAUGUCCAUGGAGCAGUGCUGCAGCACCAUGUGGGGACUGACCUGGAGGAACGUCUCCGACCAGACCUGCCUGUCCUGCACCUACACUCUCCUGCCAGAUGCCCAGUCUUCUCCUGUGGUGCGUAGUGGUCUGCUGGGCACUGCCAGGGUCCCCCAGAGCUCCGCCACCUGCAUGUCCUGGGGGGGAGCCCACUACCGCACCUUUGACAGGAAGCACUUCCACUUCCAGGGCAGCUGCACCUACCUGCUGGCUUCAUCCACCGACGGGACCUGGGCUGUGUACAUCAGCACGGUCUGUGAUGGAGGAGGGGAAUGCAGUAAGGCACUGAGGAUGAUGCUGGGCCUAGAUUUGGUUUCAAUUCAUAAAAGGAACUUAACUCUAAACAACCGUCCUGUUGCUGGGGAAUCGCUGUUUCAAAAUGGGGUCAGCCUGCACUGGCUCGGGGACUUCGUCUUCGUGGAGAGCGGCCUGGGCCUCAGGCUGAAGUUCGACCUGCUCAACACUGUGUACCUGACGGUGACGGCCGAGCACCUGGGGGCCACCAGGGGGCUCUGCGGCCUCUACAACAGCAACCCCAACGAUGAUUUCACCACUCUGGGAGGGAGCGUGUCCAUGUACGCGGCCAGCUUCGGAAAUUCCUGGAGAGUCCCGGACCAGCAUAACGAGGGCUGCAGCGAUGCGGCGGAGCUCGGCCACAGCUGUGACGUCGCCGGCGAUGCCGCUCUUCGCAGGCGGGCAGAAUCCGUCUGCCAGCAGCUUUCGGAGAAUCCUUUCACACAUUGCCACCUCCGGGUGGACCCGGCUGCCUACAUGGACACCUGUCUGUACCUGUACUGCAGCCUGGCCCCCGCGGACCGGCAGGGUGCUGUGUGUGACACCCUGGCCAGCUACGCCCGCGAGUGUGCCCAGCAGAACGUCAUCGUGGUGUGGAGGACAGACAAACUCUGUGGUCGCGUCUGUCCCAGAGGUCAGGUGUUCUCCGACUGCGUGUCCUCCUGUCCUCCCAGCUGCUCCUCCCCCCAGCCAGCAGGGCCGUCGGCGGGCCCGGGGCGGUGCAGCGAGGAGUGUGUGGGGGGCUGCGAGUGCCCCCCCGGCCUCUACCUGCACCAGGGCGCCUGUCUGCAGAGAGACCGCUGUCCCUGCUUCCACCGCAGACGCAGCCACCGGCCCGGGGACACCAUCCAACACCGAUGCAACACCUGUGUGUGCAGAGCAGGCCAGUGGCAGUGCACGGGGGAGAAGUGUGCAGGACAGUGCACGCUGAUUGGGGCGUUACGGGUGACCACCUUUGACAAGAAGAGGUAUUCCCUGCAGGGGGGGGACUGCCCCUUCAUCGCUGUGGAGGACUUUGUGGACAGGAAGCUGGUGGUGGCCGUGCGCUGUGGAGAGUGUCCGGCAGGAGGACGAGGAGGCGGCGGAGAGCAGGGCUGUCUGAAGGAGGUGCUGGUCACGGUGCUCCACACCACAGUCAGAGUUACAGACACGGGUGCAGUGACCUUGAACGGCCAGAGGGAGGCGCUGCCCGUAAUGACAGGGGACCUGGUUGUCCGCAGGGCCUCGUCUUCAUUCCUCCUCAUCCAAACCUUCGGAGCCCAGAUACUCUGGUACCUAGACGGACCCUUUGCCCUCAUCAGCCUUCAGCCUGGAUUUGCUAACAAGGUGCGUGGUCUGUGUGGGACCCUGACCUGGAGCCAGCACGACGACUUCACCACCCCGGAAGGAGACGUGGAGAACAGUGUGACAUCUUUUGUGGAGAAGUUCACGACGGAGCGCUGCAGCCUGCCCAGAGGGCUGCAGCCUGACCCCUGCUCCACCUACACCCAGAGACGGAGCUACGCAGAGACGCUCUGCGCCAUCAUACACAGCCCUGUCUUUCAGGUGUGUCAUGACGUGGUGGAGAGGGAGCCCUAUUUCCACCUGUGCCUGUCAGAAGUGUGUGGCUGUGCUCAGAAGUCUUGCCACUGCACUAUACUCACCGCUUACGCCCAACACUGUGCUCAGGAAGGAGCAGUGGUCCAGUGGCGCAACCAGACCUUCUGCCCGGUCCAGUGUUCGGGGGGUCAGGUGUUUCAGGAAUGUGGUCGUGCCUGCGGGGGCUCCUGCUCAGACCUGCAGAAGACCUGGAGCUGCAUGGAUGCCGGUAGCGACAGCAUUUGUGUUCCGGGUUGCCAGUGUCCAGCAGAACUGGUGCAGGACCACCGGGGCCAGUGCGUGCCCAGCGCUCUGUGCCCGUGUGUGCAAGGAGACCAGAUGUACUCACCUGGGGCUUCACUUCAGAACAACUGCAACACCUGCGUGUGCGAACGGGGACAGUUCAACUGCACUCAGAAGCGCUGUGAGGGUGUGCAGCGAUGUCCGGGCUCUUUGGUCUACUCCCCACACUCCUGCCUGCUCAGCUGCUCCGGCCUGGACCCCCCCGGUCACCAGCAGGCGUCCGGCGGGACUCAGUCCUGCAGAGAGCCGCUGUCUGGCUGCGUCUGCCCUCAGGGAACAGUCUUACUGGGUGAUGGCUGUGUGCUGCCGGAGGAAUGUCCGUGUCACCACAACGGUCGGCUUUACUACAGCAACGACACCAUCACUAAAGACUGCAACACCUGUGUGUGCAAGCAGCGCCGCUGGCACUGCACCCAGGCCGUCUGCGCCGGGGUGUGCGUGGCCACCGGCGACCCCCACUACGUCACGUUCGACGGCCGCUGCUUCUCCUUCCUGGGCGACUGCCAGUACGUGCUGGCCAGAGAGAGCAGCGGCCUGUUCAGCGUCACGGCGGAGAACGUGCCCUGCGGGAGCACCGGGGUCACCUGCACCAAGUCAGUCACCCUCAGCCUGGGACACACCGUCAUCCACUUGCUGAGAGGUAAAGCUGUAACUGUCAACGGGAUGCCGGUUACCCUCCCAAAGUCCUACAGCGGCAGCGGCCUCAUUGUGGAGAGGGUGGGCUUGUUCGUCUCUCUUUCUUCCCGACUCGGAGUCACGUUGCUGUGGGACGGAGGUAUGCGCGUGUACGUUCACCUGGCAGCCCAUCUGCGGGGCAGGGUCGGGGGGCUGUGCGGCAACUUUGACGGAGACACCGAGAACGACUUCACAACGCGGCAGGGCAUCGUGGAGUCCACCGCUGAGCUUUUUGGGAAUUCCUGGAAGGUCAGUCCCUCCUGCCCCGAUGUGGCGAACCAGGACCUCCGAGAUCCCUGCGCUCUGAGCCCCCACAGGGUGCCGUGGGCCCGGAGGAGAUGCUCCGUCCUCACGCAGGACCUGUUCUCCCAGUGCCACGCCGACGUGCCCUUCCAGCAGUACUACAGCUGGUGUGUCUUUGACGCUUGUGGCUGCGACUCGGGAGGCGACUGUGAAUGUCUGUGCACAGCCAUCGCGUCCUACGCCGAGGAGUGCAACCGGCGAGGGAUUUACAUCCGCUGGAGGUCCCAGGAGCUCUGUCCCCUGCAGUGUGAGAGAGGGCUGGUGUACGACCCGUGCGGCCCGGCCUGCUCUCUGUCGUGUCCCAGUGAUCAGCAGAGUCCUUAUUCUCAGUGUGGCGUGCUGUCGUGUGUGGAGGGCUGCUUCUGCCCCGCCGGCACCGUCCAACAUGGCGGCGGCUGCGUGUCGCCUGCAGAGUGUCCGUGUGCGUGGGACGGCUCCAUGUUCCCCCCCGGAACCACCAUCACCCAGCACUGCCAGAACUGCUCCUGUGAGGAGGGUGUGUGGCAGUGUGAGGGCGUGUCCUGCCCUCCGCCCCCCCCUCCCUGUCUGGAGUCAGAGUUCCCCUGCGCCGCCGGCCGUUGCAUCCCCUCUCAGUGGGCGUGUGACAACCAGGACGACUGCGGGGACGGCUCAGACGAGGUCUGUCCGUCCACCUGCUCCCCGGACCAGUUCCGCUGCGCCGGCACGCCCAGUGGACCAUGUUUGAACCUGGCUCUGCGUUGUGAUGGCCACCCAGACUGUGCUGACCAAUCGGACGAGGAGUUCUGCGGACCCCCCACGCCCGUGCCCCUGUGCCCACCCGGCGAGUUUCAGUGUGCAAACGGAAAGUGCCUGGCAGCCAGCCGCGUCUGUGACGGACGGCUGGACUGCGGCUUUGCCGAUGCGUCUGAUGAGCAAGACUGUGGUGUGGUGUGUGAUGAGGGGGAGUUUCUGUGUCCGGGAGGACGCUGUAUUCUCUACUUGCACCGGUGCGACGGCCACGAUGACUGCGGAGACCUCAGCGACGAGAGAGGGUGUGUCUGUGCAGCGGGGGAGUUCCAGUGUCCCGGCGACCAGUGCGUCCCUGCAGAGCGAGUGUGUGACGGACACAGAGACUGCCGUUCAGGGACGGAUGAAGCAGUCUGUCCACGUAAAGUGACCUGUGCCCCCGACCAGUUUGCCUGCGGUGACGGCACCUGUGUCCCCACAAGCAAGCUGUGUGACGGAGCGGCUGACUGUCCGGGCCGGGAGGACGAGGACCGACCCGGCUGCUCCACCGGGGUCGUGACCCCGCCGGUCACUCCCAGCACAGCCUGCAGGUCGUAUGAGUUCAGCUGUGCCACCGGGGGACAGUGCGUGCCUCGGGCCUGGCGGUGCGAUGGGGAGACAGACUGCAUGGAUGGCAGUGACGAGCAGCGGUGUGCUGCCCCGUGCCGCUCUGGCCAGGUGCCUUGCUUCAGCGGGGAUCAGUGCGUGGAUUACCAGCAGCUUUGUGAUGGUAUCCCGCACUGCAGAGAUGCCUCGGAUGAGAACAUUGACAACUGUGGCUCGACCAUGAUCCCUCCCUGUCCGGGCAGCUUCCCGUGUGACAACCGCACUUGUGUGAACAUGUCACAAGUCUGCAACGGCAUCCCCAACUGUCCACGGGGCGACGAUGAGCUGGUGUGUGAUAAAACGGUGUCACCGCAGCCCCCUGGCGGCAGGAACACCACCUGCUUUGAGCACACCUGCCUGGAUGGGACCUGUAUUCCCUUUAACUCGGUGUGCAACGGUUUGCCAGACUGUCCGGACUCCUCCCUGACACCUAUUGGAGGACCCACGGAUGAGCAGGGCUGCAGGACCUGGAGCUCCUGGGGGCCCUGGACCCCCUGCAGUACCUCCUGCGGGACUGGUUCCAUGAGCCGGGAGAGGUCCUGCCCCCCAGGGGACCCGCUGCGCCACUGCAGCGGCCACAGCGUCCAGAGGCAGCAGUGCUUCAACACCACCUGCCCUGUGGACGGCCGGUGGCUUCCCUGGGGCAGCUGGUCCAACUGUUCCAGUGCUUGUGGCGGGGUGCAGGUGAGGCACAGGGGCUGCUCCCCCCCGCACUACGGGGGCCGGGACUGUCUUCAGCUCGCUGGACCAUCCAAUCUCUCCAUGGAGAUCAAACGGUGUCCUGAAGACGGGUGUGUGAACGUCAGCUGUCCUCCGGGCCUAGAGAGACGCAGCUGCGCCCCCUGCCCGGUGUCCUGCGCCCACGUCAGCAGCGGGGCCCCCUGUGACCCCCCCAGCUCCUGCUCCUCCGGUUGCUGGUGUCCGGACGGCCAGGUGAUGAGCCACGCCCAGCGAUGCGUGUGGCCGGGAGAGUGUCCGUGUGACGUCUCAGGCGUGCGUUACUGGCCCGGCCAGCAGGUCAAGGUGGACUGCCAGGUCUGUGUGUGCGAGCGAGGGAAGCCUCAGCGGUGUCGGCCCAAUCUGGACUGCUCAGUGCACUGCGGCUGGUCGUCCUGGUCCGGGUGGGGGGACUGUCUGGGGCCCUGCGGGGUCCAGAGUGUGCAGUGGUCCUUCCGCAGCCCCAACAACCCCAGCAGGCACGGAGACGGGAGGCUCUGCAGAGGGAUCUACAGGAAGGCCCGCCGGUGUCAGACGGCCCCGUGUGACGAGUGUGAGUAUCAGGGUCGCUCCCAUGCAGUGGGAGACAGAUGGCGGUCAGAGCGCUGCCGUUUCUGCCACUGCCUCCCCAACCUGACGGUGCAGUGUUCCCUCUACUGCCCAUACGCUGUCAGCGGGUGCCCGGAGGGCCUGAAGUUGGUUCCCGGCGAGGCAGACAGGUGUUGUUACUGCCAAGGUGAAAAUGCCACCGAGUCUGUCACCACCAGCCCCGACAGGGUCACCUCCAAACCAGCAGGGGGCAGCACACCCCUGGUCCCCACAUAUCCACUUCCUCCUGAAGACGAGUGUUGGGCUCCCCUGGGAGUCCAGACUCUACCAGCGUCCAGCUUCACAGCCUCGUCCCAGCAGGCGGGUCACCCCCCUGAGGCCGCUCGUCUGCACGGGUGGGACAUGCACAGGGACCUCCAGGGCUGGAGUCCAGAGCCAGAGGAGUAUAAGGAUUUACCCCAGCGGAGACCGGAGGGCCACGCUGGUGACACACGGAGUCCCUACAUACAAGUAGACCUGCUGAAACCAUACAACAUCACGGGCGUGCUGACUCAGGGCGGUGGUGCGUUCAGCACCUUCGUGUCCAGCUUCUCCCUCCAGUUCAGCCCGGAUGGACACCGGUGGCACACGUACAAGGAGCUGGUGUCUGACGCCCGGCCCCGAGCCAAGGUUUUUCUGGCCAACUCUGAUGACGGAGGUGUGGCGGAGAACAGACUGGACAGGAUGGUGUCGGCCCGGUUCGUCCGCCUGCUGCCCCAUGACUUCAAAAACGGCAUCUACCUCCGGCUUGAGGUCAUGGGCUGCGGGGAUGGUUCCCGUUGGUCGACCCCGACUCCACCUUCUCCGGUCUCUCCGGUCUCUCCAGGGGGGUGCAGAGAGAAGGAGUUCAGCUGUGGGAACGGUCGCUGUGUGCCGGCAGGCCCCCUGGGAGUCGUCUGUGACGGGGUGAACGACUGCGGGGACGGAUCAGACGAGAUGCACUGCGGCACCCAGCCCUCCUCCACAGCCCCCAGCCCCCGCUGCCCCCCCGGGCAGUUCUCCUGCCCCCCUCCAGGGGGCUGCAUCGACGCGGGGCUGCGCUGUGACGGCAUUCCUCACUGCCCGAGAGGAGAGGAUGAAAGUGGAUGUCACCCCCACGAUGCCACCACUCCGUCAGUGAGGCCACACACACCCACUCCUUCCCCUCUGAAAACUCCCUCCACGGCUGCCGUCACCAGCCCUGCUGAGGCACCGACAGAUGGCAGCCCUGGAUAUCAUGGUGUGUGCGCCUCUCCCCUGGGACUGGAGGACGGCAGAAUUCGCUACGGUCAGCUGACAUCGUCCUCACAUCGGGAGAACAGCCCUGCCGAUGCUGGAAGGCUGAACAUCGUCCCAAACAUUCAGGUGAUGGAACCCGGCUGGAGCCCGAAGCCUACAGAUCCGCAGCCAUAUUUCCAGGUGGAUUUCCUGGAACCUGCGUGGAUCUCGGGGCUGGUGACGCAGGGCAGUGAACGCAUGUGGGGUUACCUCACCAAAUACCGCCUGUCGUUCGCCCUGCACAGCAGCCUGUUCACAAACUACACAGAGAACAGGAAGCCUGGUGGCCCCAAUAAGGUGUUUGAGGUGCGGAUGGUGGGCAGGAAGCCCGUGACCCGCUGGCUCGGGCGGCUGGUCCGAGCUCGCUACAUGCGCAUCAUCCCGGUGGAGUUCAGGCACCCCUUCCACCUGCGGGUGGAGGUCCUGGGCUGCAGAGGAGACGAGCUGGUGACCCCCAGCAGUGAGACCACGGCCGCGCACCGCUGUCCAACUGGCCAGGUCCCGUGCCAGCACAGUGAGGAGUGUGUCCUGGUGUCGGUGCUGUGUGACGGCCGACCGGACUGCACGGACCACUCUGACGAGACCGGCUGUGGAACUACAGGUUCCCCAGGUCUGCUUACUACCAGGUCUCAAGGUGGUUUUCCUGGUGUGGCAACGCCUGGAGUUACAGGACCAACUACUCCGUCUGUCUAUCCUGGGGUCACCACAGGUCACCCUGGACUGCACCUCAGGACAUCGGUCCGGCCGGGAAAACCUGGUCUUCAAACCACCGAGGCCCCCUCGGUCACUGCAACCUCCCCUGAUGGUGGCCUACCCAGGGUGCUUUGCGUUCAGGGACAGUUUGCAUGCCGGUCAUUUGGCUGUGUGGACUCUGCACAAGUCUGUGAUGGAGGAAGGGACUGCUUGGAUGGGUCAGAUGAAGAGCGAUGCGGCACCACGGCCGGGCCCCCGGCGACCUCCCGGCUGCCCCCGGUCCCCCCGGUCCCCAGUCCCUGCUCCUCCAAGCAGUUCUCCUGUGAGAGCGGGGAGUGCAUCCAGAUGAGCCGCAGGUGCAACCUGCACAGGGACUGUGCCGAUGGCUCAGAUGAGAAGCACUGUGUGGACUGCAUCAUGUCUCCAUGGACGGCGUGGAGCAGCUGCAGCGUGACGUGUGGCCUGGGCUCCUUGUUCCGGCAGAGGGACAUCCUGAGGGACGCUCUGCCCGGGGGCUCCUGCGGUGGAGCUCAGUUUGACAGCAGAGCCUGCUUCCUGAAAGCCUGUCCAGUGAACGGUCAUUGGUCCGAGUGGACAGAGUGGUCUCAGUGUGACGCCCCCUGUGGAGGAGGAGUCCGGCAGAGGAUCCGGACCUGCUCCGCCCCCCCCCCUAAGAACGGUGGACGAGACUGUGAGGGCAUGACUCAGCAGAGUCACAGCUGCAACAUGCAGUCAUGCACCAAUGAGACUGGGACCCAGACAGGCUGCGUCCACGGCAUGGUGCUGGUGACGAGGGACGACUGCCAGGCUGGACGAGUCGAACCCUGUCCUCCUAUGUGUUCAGAUGUCAGCAUGACCAGCAACUGCACUGCAGCAUGUAUAGUGGGGUGCCGCUGUCCCCCCGGGCUGUUCCUGCAGGAGGGCCGGUGUGUGAACGCCAGCCGGUGUCUCUGCCAGUGGGAGGGAGAACCACUGCAGCCAGGACAGGUGAUCAGGAGGAACCCGUGCAGCACAUGUGUGUGCAAAGAGGGGAACGUGACCUGCGACACAUCCAAAUGCCGGGCCGCCUGUCACUGGUCAGCCUGGUCUUCGUGGUCCCCCUGUGAUGUCACCUGCGGCGUGGGGCUGCAGCAACGAUACAGGUCUGCGGUGAAUCCAGCAGGAGCCGUCCAGCCCUGUCCAGGAGACUCCUCCGAGGCCCGGCGCUGUUUCCACCAGUGUCUCCCCGGACUUCCAGAUGGAGCGUGGAGUAAAUGGACCGUCUGGUCUGAGUGCAGUAAGACAUGUUUCAGCCAUGUAAAUGAUGUCGGGAUUAGGCGACGAUUUCGCGGCUGCGAUCACACACACAAUCAGUCUCUCUGCCACGGGGACAGUGAGGAGCAGGAGCCCUGCAACACUGUACACUGUCCAGUUCAUGGUGGUUGGUCGGCCUGGUCGGCGUGGUCUGAGUGCUCCACUGACUGUGACUCUGGUGUUCAGACAAGAGAGAGAUUCUGCAGUUUACCGGCACCGCAGCACGGUGGCCAUAGCUGCACCGGGCCUCACAUUCAGACAAGAGACUGCAACUCCCACCCCUGUUCAGGUGUGUGUCCAGAGGGCAUGACGUACAUGACGGUGGCUGAGUGCAGGGCUCAGGGCGGUGCGUGUCCGCGGGUGUGCCUGGACAUGACCCCCGCCGAGGUGCAGUGUGCCACCACCUGCUACGAUGGCUGCUACUGCGGCCCGGGUUUCUACCUGUUCAACAGCAGCUGCGUGCCUUUGGCCCGGUGUCCCUGUUACCACCGGGGGGAGAUGUACCCAGCCAGUACUCGCCUGCCUGUCGACGCUUGUAAUAACUGUACUUGCACUAACGGAGAAAUGGAGUGUGGUGCUGCUCCUUGCCCAGUGGACUGUGGGUGGAGCACUUGGACAGGGUGGAGCGACUGCAGCAGAACGUGUGAUGUCGGAGUGCGAAGGCGCUACCGUUCGGGCACCAAUCCUCUCCCGGCGUACGGCGGCCAGCCCUGCGAAGGGCAGCGAGUCGGCAUCGAUACCUGCAGCAUCGAGCCCUGCCUUGGAACCAAGGAGCCGUGGAGCGGGUGGUCCGAGUGCUCGGUGACGUGCGGCGGAGGUUACAGGACCCGGACCCGCGGGCCUAUCAGAAUCCACGGCACUGCUCAGCAGUUCAGUGCCUGCAACCUGCAGCCUUGUGGCGGCAGCAGGGCCUGUCCUCCGGGCCUGGAGUGGAAACAGUGUGUGGCGGGGGCCGUGUCCUGUCUGGACAUCACCAUGGAGCUGAGCAGGAACUGCACCGCCGGCUGCCAGUGUCCUCCGGGGACCGUUCUUCAGGACGGAGUCUGUGUGCCGGAGUCUAACUGCCGCUGUGACGUCGACGGAGUGCAGUACAACCCUGGAGACACCGUCAGCAGAAAGUGCAGUAACUGCACAUGUGAAGGAGGACGGCUGGUCAACUGCUCUCAAUUCAGCUGCAACUCUGAUGGCCAGUGGUCGGGGUGGACCCCCUGGGGCCAGUGCUCGGUGUCGUGCGGGGCCGGUCUCCAGUCCCGAUACCGGUUCUGUUCAACUCGCCAGCAGCAGUCCAGCAGUGCUCCGUCAUGUGUCGGCCCUCACCGGGAAGAUCAAGUCUGUGUCGGCGGCCCAUGCGACCGAGAUGGAGGCUGGAGUCAGUGGAGUAAUUGGACCGAUUGCACCAAGUCCUGUGGUGGAGGGAUGCGGAGCCGGAGGAGAAGUUGUGACAGCCCGGCGCCGGAGGGGGAGGGGAACUACUGCGAGGGCUUGGGAACCAAAGUCCUAUCGUGUAACACUGACCACUGCCCCGUGGCUCCGUGUUCCCAGGUUCCAGGCACGGCGUUCAGCAGCUGUGGGCCGUCCUGCCCGCGGUCGUGUGACGACCUGGCGCACUGUGAGUGGCUCUGUGAGCCCGGCUGCUACUGCACCGAGGGGAAGGUGCUGUCGGCCAACGGCACGGCGUGUGUCCAGAGGGAGGACUGCCCCUGCCUGGACCUGAACACUGGACGCAGGCUGGAACCUGCAGAGAUCACCCAGGCCCCUGAUGGAUGCAAUAACUGCACCUGCCACAGUGGGAGGUUCAACUGCACCAGGAAGCUCUGCCCAGUUUCAGGCGGCUGGUGCCGGUGGUCCGACUGGACUCCCUGCUCCAGGACCUGCGGGGCUGAGUCCGUGUCCCGCUACAGGAGCUGCAGCUGUCCUGAACCCAAGGCUGGAGGGGAGACUUGUCCCGGAGAACAGGAGCUCCACAGCGGGACUGGGGUUCAGAUCCAGAGACAGCCCUGCCCCGUCACCACUUUCUGCCCAGUUCACGGUUCAUGGAGUUCCUGGUCGGCGUGGUCGGAGUGUGACGGCUGCACCGGUUCAUCCACCCGCACCAGGGAGUGCAACAGCCCGCCCGCCAGAUUCGGUGGCCUGCCCUGUCUAGGGGAGGGCAGGCAAAGCCGCGGUUGCCAUGACAACAUCACCGUCUGCUCAGACUGCGGUGCCAGCCAGCAGGAAUGGCCCUGUGGGAAGCCUUGUCCCCGCGACUGCUCAGAUCUCCAUGGUGAUGCCGAGUGCCUGGACUCCCUGGAGUGCAGCCAGACCUGCGGUUGUCAGGGCGACAUGGUCCUGCAGGAUGGAGUGUGUGUGGGCCAGGACGAGUGUCGCUGCAAAUACUACAACGGCUCCACUGCCGGUGGACUGGACCCUAGUAACUCAUCCUGGGUGUGGCCCGGUCGAUCUGAUUGGCAGUUUGCAAAUCCAGGAGACAACAUCAUUAGUGACUGCAGAAACUGCUCAUGUGAGGCUGGGGUGAUGCAUUGUCAAUCCGUGCCCGGUUGCCAUGUCGACGGGGCCUGGGGCCAAUGGGGAAGCUGGACCAAGUGCUCGCUUUCCUGCGGUGGAGGAAUGAAAUUCAGGAAACGGCUGUGCAACAACCCGACUCCUCAGAGCGGCGGGAGAGGCUGCCUGGGCGACUCCGACCAGCAGAGGGGCUGCAACACGCAGCAGUGCGCAGACCCUGGGGGCCCGUGGCUGCCCUGGUCUCCGUGGUCCCAGUGCUCGGUCAGCUGUGGGGGGGGGCAGCAGUCCCGCUCCCGGCUCUGCAGCUCCCCCUGCCACGGCCUCAGUCGCCAGAGCAAAACCUGCAACACACAAGUCUGCUUCGAUGUGGGCUGCCCUCCUGGCCGCCUGUACAGGGAGUGUGAGCGCGGAGAAGACUGUCCCUUCAACUGCGCCCAGGUCAGCGGCAGGGAGGGCUGCUACUCCGACGGCUGUGAGGAAGGCUGUCACUGUCCCCCGCACACCUACCAGCACCGCGGAGUCUGCCUGCCGGAGUGCCCGUGUCUGGUGGAUGAAGAGUUCCUGGCCUCCCUGCAGAGUGUGUCCGUCACCCCCGUCUCCUCGCUGCUGCUCCAUAACGUGUCGGAGGGAGCUGAACUGCAGUCUGGAGACACAGUGGUGCAUGAAUGCAGCUCCUGUUCCUGCGAGCACGGCAGGUGGAACUGCUCCCUGGAGCACUGCCCCGUGGACGGGGGCCUGUCCCCGUGGGGCCCCUGGAGCCCCUGCUCGCUCUCCUGCGGAGGUCUCGGGGUCAGGUCCCGGUUCAGGGGCUGCACAAAGCCUGCUCCGGCCCACGGAGGGAGAGACUGUCAGGGGCCCCGCCAGGAAACAACCUUCUGCCAGGCUCCCGACUGUCCAGCUGUUGUCCCGACAGAGGAACCACCCACUCCAGAAGAGGAUUCUGGCUUCUCUCCUUGGUCAGUGUGGAGUCCUUGCACAAAAACGUGCACUGACGUUCAGAACCCGGCCAGGAAGUCUCGGCGUCGGCACUGCAUCAAACCUCCGUGCUCUGGAAGCCCUCGGGAGGAGAAGGCCUGCAACCUGCCCCAGUGUCCAGGUGACAUAUGUGUGAGCACCGACUGUGCACGUAGAAACUGUUCGUGGACAGAGUGGGGGGAGUGGAGCCCCUGUUCACGGUCCUGUGGAGUGGGACAGCAGCAGAGGAUCAGAACUUUCCUCCGGCCCGGCUCCAACGGCUCGUGGUGCGAGGACAUCAUCGGAGGGAACCUGGAGCAUCAGUUCUGCAACAUCGCCCCCUGCAAAGUUGACGGAGGCUGGUCCCGCUGGAGUCCCUGGUCCCACUGUGACAAACGCUGCGGUGGCGGACGCUCCAUACGAACGCGCUCCUGCUCCAGCCCUCCGCCCAAGAACGGUGGCAGGAGGUGUGAGGGAGAGAAGAACCAGGUCAAGCCCUGCAACACUAAAGCAUGUGGUGAGAAGGGCUGCCCCCCAGGCCAAGAGUUUGUGCAGUGUGCAAACCAGUGUCCGCAGCGCUGCUCCGACCUCCAGCAGGGCAUCGAGUGCCAGGGACACGCAGAAUGUCAGCCUGGUUGUCGCUGUCCUACAGGUCAGCUGCAGCAGGACGGAGCGUGUGUGCAGCUGUGGCAGUGCGACUGCGUGGACGCGCUGGGACACACUUGGGCGGCCGGCAGCCGGCACCAGGUGGACUGUAACAACUGCAGCUGCGCAGACGGACAGCUCGUCUGCACCAAUCACAGCUGUCAGAUGAGCUGCACUUGGAGCUCCUGGUCCAGUUGGGCGCCAUGCAGUGUAUCCUGCGGACAGGGUCAAAGAAGCAGAUACAGGUCCCUGAUCCCGGAGACUGAAGAAACCAUUUGCCACUUUGAGGAAGUUCAGCAGAAGUCGUGCGAGCCGGGAGCGUGCCCCCCGCUCUGCCUGCUGGACGAGCGGGAGCUCGGCGUGGGAGACACCUGGCUGCAGGGGGAGUGCAAGCAAUGCACAUGUACCCCGGAGGGAGUUUACUGUCAGGACGUCGACUGCAGGGUGGACGGAGGUUGGACCCCCUGGUCCGUGUGGUCCGACUGCUCCGUGACGUGUGGUCAGGGUGCACAUGUUCGAACCCGGGCCUGUAUCAACCCCCCGCCGCGCAACAACGGCUCGUCCUGCAGCGGUCCGGAGAGGGAGACCCAACACUGCCAGACGCCUCUCUGUCUGGACGACCUGUGUCCGUGGUUGCCAUGGUCACCGUGCUCCCAGAGCUGCGGGGCGGGGACUCUGUCCCGACGCAGGAAGUGCAUGUGUGAGGAGGGAGGAGAUGUGGCGUGUCCUCCUGAGGUGGAGGCGGAAAGAAACAGGGAGGAGACCCAGCUGUGCUACAAGCGGCCCUGUCCAGCCUGUCCUAUGUCAGCGUGGAGCGUUUGGUCGCGCUGCUCCUGCCAGUCUCAGAGGCAGCAGCGCUACCGUGUCGCUCUGGUCCCGGCCACCAGGGGCCAACAGUGCUCUCCCGUAGAAACCCAGAGCCGGACCUGCACCCUCAGCCCCUGUGACGCCUGCGACGCCCCGUUUGUGUACUCUGCAUGCGGCGCUCCCUGUGAGAAGCAGUGUGCUCUGCUGGCAGGUGGAGAUCUGUGCUCGGACACCAGGGAGUGCUCACCUGGCUGUUACUGCCCAGAGGGUCUGCUGCAGCUGAACGGCAGCUGUGUUCCUCCAGACGAAUGCGGCUGCACCUUCGUGCAGCACGGAGCUCCAGGACAACCGCCCAAACCCGUCGUCGUGGCCCAGGGGGCCACCGUCACCAUCGGCUGCAGUAGCUGCCUUUGCCACAAUGGGAGUUUGCAUUGUGACUCCAGAGAGUGUGAGGUUGUCCUGAGCGAGUGGUCGGAGUGGACCCCCUGCUCCCCCUGCGUCCCGGCCUCCUCCGAGCCGCUGGCUGCUCUCCUGGAAACGGCUGGUGGCUCCCGCAUGGUCUCCAUCCAGAAGCGCUUCCGUGCGUGUCUGGACAUAGAUUCAGGUCUUCCCACGGCCAGAGAGGAGGAGAGCCGGUGUCCGGGGCUGCUGGUGGAGCAGCGGCUCUGUCCAGAUGUGAACAUCUGCAGAGAUCUGUGUGACUGGAGUGUGUGGAGCAGCUGGACGGCGUGUGCAGACCCAUGCAGCGGUGGGGUCAGGCAGCGCUUCAGGCAGCCCCGGGCAUCACCACCAGGACCCCGCUGCAAGAGCCAGCAGACGCAGAGCCAGAGCUGCAACACGGGACUCUGCCCAGGCGAGCGCUGUGAGGACAGGGAGCGGACCUACCAGGAGACCUGCGCUAAUCGCUGUCCUCGCAGUUGUGCUGACUUAUGGGAGCAUGUGCAGUGUCUCCAAGGAGCCUGCCACUCAGGAUGUCGGUGUCCAGAAGGCCAGCUGUUGCAGGACAGCCGCUGUGUGCCGGUGGCAGAGUGCCGUUGUGGUCUCCCAUCCGGCAACGGGACGCUGCAGUUCCAGCCCAAAGAGGAGGUGACCGUAGACUGCAACACCUGUGUGUGUGAGGGUGGAGUUCUGGUGUGCACCAGACGGCCCUGCCCGGUGUACGAGGCCUGGAGCUCGUGGAGCCCCUGCUCCGUGUCCUGUGGGCGAGGCCAGACGACGAGGACUCGGAGCUGCCGUGACGCUGUGGGCGGCCCCCCCUGUGCUGAAACCACGCAGACACAAGGCUGUGAUCUGCCCUCCUGUCCAGCGGGCUGUUUGCUGGGCCAGUGGUCGGCCUGGAGCGAGUGCAGCGCCACCUGUGGCGGCGGCGUGUCACUACGGAACAAGACCGUCCUCCGAGAGCCGGAGCCGGGCGGGGCCGCCUGCCCCGGCCCACUGGAGCAGCACACUAUCUGCAGCACCCAGAGCUGCCUGCCCGAGUGUCCCAGCGGGCAGGUCUACACUAACUGUUCAGGUUCUUGUCCGUAUUCCUGUGAGGACUUGUGGCCACACACUCAGUGUUUGCUGGGACCCUGCACACCCGGGUGCAAAUGCCCUCCAGGACAGGUGUGGUAUAAGGGCGCCUGUGUAGAUCCUGCUGACUGUCCCUGUUCAUCACUGUCGCUGCCAGCUGAAUACCAGCGUUGGAACGCCACCACUGGAGGUCUCACAGACGUGCUGCUGCAGCCUGGAACCACCGUUCAGCACCUCUGCAACACAUGUGUGUGCCGCGCUGGGGCGUUCCGCUGCUCCGCAGAGCCCUGCCAUGUGGACUGCCAGUGGUCCGGCUGGUCGCCGUGGCGACCCUGCUCAGCCAGCUGCGGUAGCGGUCAGCAGAGCUCGGCCCGCUCUGUGCUGCAGCCCAGCCGGUACGGAGGAGCCCCGUGUGACGGCCCGGCCCUCCGCACGACCGGCUGCACCGCUCCAGACUGUGCGUGUCCUGCUGGGGAGCGGUGGCGGAGGAGCGUGUCGGAGGAGACCCCCCUGUGUGAGAGGAGCUGCCAGGACAUCUACUCUUCUCCUCCCGUCAACUGCAGCCGUGCGGCGGAGGGCUGCGUGUGUCAGGAAGGCCUUUACCGGAACCCGGCGGGGGGCUGUGUCAUCCCGGCCCUCUGCCCCUGCCUGGACCAGGGCGUGCUGCGGGAGGCAGCAUCAGAGUGGGAUGAGGGCUGUCUGUCCUGCAGCUGUGUGAACGGGAGGAAGCGUUGCCAGACGAGGUGUCCCCCCCUCUACUGUGACGAGGGAGAAGUCAAAGUGGAGGAACCAGGCAGUUGCUGUCCAGUCUGCAGAAAACAGUUUCCAGACGAGCCCGUGCCGGAGUGUCGGCGCUACGUUCGAGCCCAGAACAUCACCAAGGGAGACUGCAGGCUGGACAACGUGGAGGUCAGCUUCUGCAGGGGACGCUGCCUGUCCAGGACCGACGUCAUCUUGGAGGAGCCGUACCUGCGCUCAGAGUGUGAGUGCUGCAGCUACCGGCUGGACCAGGACAACCCGGUGCGCUUCCUCAGCCUGCAGUGUGAGAGCGGGGAGAGCGAGCCCGUGGUGCUCCCCGUCAUACACAGCUGCGAGUGCACUAGUUGCCAAGGGGGGGACCUGUCCCGGCGCUGAGUCAGAGUGUGUGAGGUGUGUGAGGUGUGUGUGAGGUGUGUGUGAGGUGUGUGUGAGCGAGUGCCUCUGUGAGUCCAGGAUGAUGAGUGCACAUUAGGUGGAGUGAGAACAGGACGGCCCCCAUGCUGCACGGAGCAGGAGUGAUGGAGGAGUGAUGGAUGUUUCUGGAAGCUGGGAUGGAAGGAAGAAAGUCCCUGCUGAUGAAAACUGUCCCUCGUCAUCAAGACUGAAUGCUACUGCUGAUUGUAGUGCUCUUGUUUAUUCUCCAGCCUGUACAGUCUUUUUCUAU